UGUUGACACUUCGUAGAUCGUUAGUAAAGAAACCUAGAAAAAUGUGUGGUCGUCUAUUGUUGCUGUUAGCGUGCUUGGGUCUCUGCCAUGGCCAUGCGGUGGUCCCAGUAGUGCCGGCAGCGCACUCGUACCACGGACUUGUAGCGCCUUACCCGCUGGUGCAUCACGGUUACGCUGGCCACGGACUGUUGGGUCACGGAGUGGUCGCCGGACCGGUGGGACAUCACCUGUGGAAACGCUCGCCGCAUUACGUAGCCCCGUUGGCUCCGCUGGCCCACGUGGCUCCCGUGGCCGUCUCUCACCAGUCUCGCGUGGACGUGCACUCUUCGCCAGCUCUCGUGGCCCCCGUCCUGCCAGUGCCGCUACUCCAUAAGACGGUAGUCGCCUCACCGCUGCACUACGGAGCUGGAAUCCAUGGCGGUCUUUAUCCUCACGUCGGACAUUAUUAAGAAAUGUGGAACUCAUUGGCUUUUAUUGUAUAACGUUUUUGGUUACGAAUAGGUAGUUCAGAAUAAUAAAGUGCAAUAAUCAGA